GGAGCCGGCGGUGGGUGCUGACAUCUUGCCUCCUCCCUUCCCUUCCCUUCCGUCGCCGCAAUUCCAUGCGAUCCCACCACCCGUCUCGCCAUUGUCCUGGCUCAAAGCAAAACCCGCUCGUCUCGUCUGUCUCGUCCGGACUCGGGAGCACUCCUCCUUUCACCCCUCUGCCACUCUUCCCAACCGCACAAGGAAGGCGGAGGAUCAAUCUUGCCGCGCGGGUGUUGCCGUCCCCCCUCCCGCGCCUCCUGCGGCGUUUUGGAGUUUCUCUCCCUGGAUUCCUUCGGUUCGGAGCUAAUACUGCUUUAACUGGAUGCGGCUCUACUCACCUGCACUCUGUUUGCGGUGGUCAAGCAUGCAUUCCCAUCCUAAUCAGUUCCAAGGAGGCUUUACACACAAUAUGGCCUUAUGGAAAUACUCACACUCGCAGUCAAGCAUUUACCAUGUGAAAUCUUCUCAACCACAAAGUCUGAAGUACUUUGUAAGCUUAAUGGGCCAACAAUUCCGUUGUGGACUGUCAACCAGAGAGGGUAGUCUAAGUAUAAAGCUUGACAUGCCUUCACAUGAAAAGUUGAGGAUCGGCUGGAACUGGAAAGGUAUGCAUCAGAAGCUUGGAGGUGUAGCCAGUGGACUUUGCUUUGGUUUUUCGGUGACUGGACUAGCAAGCGCUGAGGUUCCUAUAAUUAGAAUCAAUGACAAUGCCGAAACUUCAUCGUCAUCUACCAGUUCAACUCAUGGGAAGAAAGUCUACACGGAUUAUUCUGUCACUGGUAUUCCUGGAGAUGGUAGAUGUUUAUUCCGCUCUGUGGUUCAUGGUGCAUGCAUUAGGUCAGGGAAACCCAUACCUAAUGAAGACCUUCAGAGAAAACUAGCUGAUGAAUUGAGAGCAAUGGUUGCUGAUGAAUUUGUGAAGCGGCGGGAAGAGACUGAAUGGUUUGUUGAGGGGGAUUUCGAUACAUAUGUAUCGCAUAUUAGGGAGCCACAUGUGUGGGGUGGCGAGCCAGAAUUGUUCAUGGCUUCCCAUGUUCUUCAGAUGCCAAUAACUGUUUACAUGCACGAUGAAGAUGCGGGUGGUCUGAUUGCAAUUGCGGAAUAUGGCCAGCAGUAUGGGAAAGAGGACCCAAUCCAGGUCUUGUAUCAUGGUUUUGGCCAUUAUGAUGCUCUACGGAUUCCCGCAAAGAUUGGUUCAAAGCGGAAACUGUAGAAAUUGUUCAGUUCAAAAUUGAAAAGAGGCAAUGCUGCAGAAGGGUCUGGUUUGCUGGAAUGGCUUCACCUUCAGGCAGAGAUUCAUCAGAUCGACAUGCUACAUGGUGGCCUGGUGGGUGGAUGUGCUCGCUAUGAAAUGAAGCUGCUGAAAGAUCUGAGCUGGUUGCCAACAUCCCUUGUAGAGAAGAGAGACUGCGAGAGCAUUUCAAAAAACGAAAAGAAAAGAGAGAGAGACUGAGAGAGCGGUGACAAUCCUGAUCCUCGUUUCUGAAAGGUCACCGCGCUCACAGCAGGCGGCUCCGUGUAACAGAACAAGAGAUGUCCUCCCGAGUGCUUAUUAGUACGCUGUGGCGGAUUCCUUCCGGCCUGUGAGAUUCAUCA